GCACCAUGUCCGAGGGUUCCAAGUCUGGACUCUGGAUUGUCGACCGAACGCCGACACGUUAUUCACACCAUGUCACACGUCAUCGUGCUCGUUGCGAAAAACAGAAGCAUUUUUCAACGGACAUAAUGACGGAGCGGACAGCCGCGAUCGUGGUGCCUCGCCGGACACGACCCGUCCGGACGGACGAAGACGAGGCGUGGCAGCGAGCCCGAAGCCAGCGCAACCAGCGCCGGUAUCGGUCCCGAAAGAAGAUAGCACUCGAAGCGCUCGAGGGCCACGUGCACGCGCUGCGUCGCGACGUGUGCACACUGACCGCGCAGGUCCAGUCGCACCAAGCCGCCGUCGCGCGGCCGCCCAUCUCGACGACUGUGGCCACGAACAUUGCGGUCGAGUAUUUCCGCGUGUUUGAGCACGGCCUCCGUAGUGCAUGGCACCCGUUGUACGAGGCGCAGGCUGGUUUUCUCAGAAGCGUCAUGGCGCCGGACUUGCAAUUCAUGGAGACUUCGGACGGAGUCGUGCACAAGCUUUUUGAACAGCUCGACUUGUACUCGACGCUCUUUGACUCGCUGCACAUGCAGUGCGACCGUCUUGACGUGCUUGUCGACGCUGACGACGAGGUCAUUGUGAGGGCCCUCGCGGUCCUUGACCUGCGGCUCUCGCGCGCAUCGAUCGAAGCCAUUUACCCCAAUUUAGUUGCGUCCAACGAGCCGUUUGUCCAAUCGCUCGUCGGGCGCCUCUUGCACGUGCCGAUUUUAACGCACUUUUACGUCAACAUGGAGACGCACAUGGUGCAUACGCUCUCAACCACGGCCGACAUCGCGUCGGCCUCGUCCAACCUCGUGGGUAGCGUCCAGGAAAGUCUCGUGGCCCUCGAGAAGACCCGGCUUCACGCCAACGCCGAGAUCUCUCUGCCAGCGCGGCCUCCGUACAAUGCCGUGUUGCGCUAAGGAUUGCAGUCAAGCUGAGUGUCUACCAAUGAAUCACAUCACUCUAUUUACCCAGCCGU